AGUUUAAUAAGACGUUUAUGAAUUUUAAGGUUAAUCAUCAUUAAAUAAACGUCACCCUUCCAAAACAUUAACUCAGGCAGUGAUACAGAUUGGAAUUUAUUAUCUCGAACUCUUGAUUAUUAAAAAUGACCGAAGAAUUGAUUACCUCUUUUGCAGCCGAUGAAUUUAACCCAGAGAAGUUUGUCAAAGAUCUAAGUACUCAGUGUAUUGGUGCUGAUGAACUUUAUAAGCAACGAACUAAAAUUCAGGAACUUGGUGAUAAAAUAUCGUUUCAACUUAAACGCAAUGUCUAUCAAAAUUAUAUGCAAUUUAUUGAAACGGCUAAAGAAAUUUCACAUUUGGAAAGUGAGAUGUAUCAGUUAUCCCAACUAUUAAGCGAACAACGAUCACUCCUUAGUGCAUUAAAUUCCAAGAGAUCAGCUGGUACUAUGUUCGACGAUAUUUUAAAAAAUAAUCAAGAUCUAAAUCCUGUAUCCAAAGAGCAAGAACAAAGACAAAAAUUAAUUCAAUCCCUUGAACACGUCGAAGGAGCGAUGAGUUUAGUUGACGUACCAGGGAGAAUUUGCUUUCAUGAAGGAUCUUUGUUAGAGUUAGAUCCUUUAGAAGGAACUCCAUUAAAAAGAGUACACGGUUAUUUAUUCAAUGACAUUCUUAUGAUCGCUUCUUGGCUCACUACAGGUGGGCGAAGACACCCAUCUAAGCAUAAAGUUCAAGCGGUUUAUAAUUUACACAGUUUGGCCGUAGUCAACGUAAAAGAUUUAGGAUCAGUAAAACUUGCGUUUAAAUUACUAGCUUUUCCAGAUACUAGAGUCUUCCAAUGCGCUUCUGCUACUAGCAAGAAAGAGUGGUUAGAAAAAUGUGAACAAGCAAAGAGAGUCCGUCUCUUACAAGAAUUUCAACAAGAGUUACCAGACAAACAAGAAGUACAGAAAGAAAAUACAAUCAUAUCGUCAAGAUCAAUGUCUCUAGACUCUCGUAUUCUUGGUAUAGAUAACGCCGAUGAUUCUGUUGAAAGUUUAGAAUCUUUGCCCGAGUGGUUAUUAGAAGUUACUGAAGAUCUAGAUUCAUGUAUAGCUCAAAGACACUUUGAAGAAGCAUACAAUAUUUUUGAAAAAGCAAAUAGUUAUCUUAAAGGAAUACAAUCUUCAUCGCAAUUGACUGAAAUUAAAACAAAAAUCGAGGAUCGGGGAAAAUAUUUUGUUCAAGUGCUUACUGAUGAAUUGGAAUUAAGUGUAGAGGCAAAAUCCUUGCAAGGGGGUGGAUUAAGAAGUGCACGACGAGCUGUAAAACUUCUUAUACAACUAAAUCGAAGUGCUCAAGCCUGCAAACUAUAUUUGCAACUUUGUAAUGCAGCUCUUACAUCUCGGUUAAAACGUGUAAAACGAGAAGGCACUGUUGUGCCUUACAUUAAACAAUUAAGUGCAAUUGCUUUUAGUAAUAUUUUUGAUAUGGCCACAGAAUUUCUUAAACUCUUUUCACCAUCAAUGAACUGUACUUCAAGUCUUAUAGUUUGGUGCAGUCAAGAAGUCAAAUACCUUACAUCUCACUUAAUAAAACAAUUAUUUAUUCCUCAAGUGACAUUGGGAACUCUGGUAGAGUGCAUAAGUACAGUCCGUGAUCAUUGUGAUCAACUGACCCAUCUUGGAAUUAAUUUACGUUAUCAACUUGAUGGUCAAUUACGAACUCUUUUGGCUAGAGCUUUACAAGAUGCUAGUGAAAAAUAUAUAGAUGCGAUAAAAGUUCGUGCUGCUGAAGAUAAUUGGCGACCUACGAAUUUGCAAACUCAUGAAAAUCUUAAAAAACUACUAAGCGAAUUAGAUGAUCUUGGUAUACCUGUACCUUCUGCAUUUAUAACAAGUGAUUGUUGGAUAUCGUUAACUAAUAAUACAUUAGCUUUUUCAAAACUUUACAUUGGACUCUUGGAAGAUUGUUCGAGUGUUUUUACACCUGAACUCAUAUGUACUAUUGAAACAGUACUUAUUUCAGUUUUACGUGCUCAAGUUCAAUACGUUGUUGCAUCGCUCAAUAAUUCAAAAUUAAAUUCAGAGAAAAAAUUAGUGCAAGAUAAUGCUGCAUACAUUCGUGAAAUAAUUAUCGAACGUGGGUUAGAGUUCUACAGGAGUAUGAUGGGACAAGAAUUUACAAAACUACUUGAGUUGAAGAAAACCAUUAUUAUAGAACCUACAGCUGAAAAACCAAAACUAGCACCUAGAACAUCAAUCACUAAAAAAGCAGAGAAUCGAUCGUGAAAAACGGUGAGUUGACAAUAAACAGCAGAAGAAUUCAUAAUCAAUUCAUGAUAAAAUCACAGUAUUCUUACGCAAUAGAUGAAAAACCAUGUAUCAACUUAUUAUAUUUAACUUAUUUUAUUUAAUGUGUUUAAGAAUUUAUUUAACUUGUUAUAUUUUUAAAAAAUAAUAAAAUUAUAAUACAUUUUGGUUUAAAAGGCAAAUGUUUAUUUCAAUAGAAAAAUAAAUUUCUCAAGUCUACAGUCUGUUAAUUAAUGUAUCAUUUCAACAGAUGAUUGAUACUGUAAGAUAUUGUUAUCACGUUUCAUUUAUUGCUUAAUCAUAAUACUUUUACAAACCAAUAAAAUUUUAUAAAUUGUAAUAAAUUUUGACAUUAAACAAACCUA